AUGGCUACAUCAGACAAUUGGGGCUCCAGCAUUAAUCCAGAGCUUGUCAACAUGCGAUGGCAAUUCAUUGACGCUUCCGACAAUAGUCGACGCAACCUGACCCAGGUCAAGCGUCAUGUUAUGCAAGAGUAUAUCCGCCAAAGGAAAGGGAGCUCACGCAACGGCGAGAUUGACGAAGAUCGCAGCCGUCCGACCAAGCGUGGGCGGCCAAAGAAGAGGCAAGCUGGAAAAUGCAGAUUUGCAAGAAAGCCAGCAGGUUCCGAUAAAAGCUCAAAUCGGCCAAAACCAGUCAGGAAGAGAGCUGCCGCAUCAGAGGAAGAAGAUGCAUCCGUCGAUAUUGAAGAAAUUGGUCCAAAAAUCUUAAUUGAGGCCAUUGGCCUUUCUUUGGUCGUCGAGAUGCCCGAAACUACGAUUGCUUUACCUUUCCAUGCACCGCCCGUGCAACAUCAAGAAAUUGAUCUUCAGUCGCAUGUGUACAUUGAAAUAUCUCCCCAGAGUCAGAGUCAAAUGAGAGACUUUUACAGCUCUGCAGCAUGCUCGUCAACGCCGACCACGCUGCUCGAGUUUCCAAGGUCCCCACGAACCAUCUUGAGCGCAGCACGGACCGAUCCGUUCAACACCCUUCCGCUGGAGUUAGAUCUGGAAGGACAGAAGCUUUUUGACUUUUAUGUGAAUGAGAUGCCUGCCUGCUCCUAUGGGACUCAUUUCCGAUCCACCAAAGCCCACAACUGGUACACUCAAGUCUUUGUUCCAGAGGCAAUGAAAGGAGCCGUGGCAUUCCAGAAUACGAUUCUAGUCCAUGCUGCAAAUACAUGGGCCUGGGUCCGGAAUGAGACCGAAACCUUGAAUACACUGAUACAUCGAGAUCGGGCUGUCACGAUGCUGCGUGAACAUCUGCGCAACAACCCUCGUGACAACUCGGACGUCGCUAUCAUCUCUUGCUUGAGCGCUGCCGCACUUGAAGAUUUUGACCCUCGUCUCGGUCACAAGGAGAUUAGUUGGGUACACAUGCGCGCGGCGCGCGAGAUGAUUCGAUCGCGAGGAGGACCGGUUGCUUUCGAAAAUACUCGGCUUGGGAUGUUAAUCAAUUGGCAAGAUUAUAUUCUCUCGGGGUAUGAAACCCAUGGACCAAGUUUCUUCUUCCACCGAAACCCGCCUGUCUUGCCCCCUGGGUCAGAAAUUCCAAGUUCAUCAUCUAAAACUUCUCAUAAACUUCAUUCCAUACCUUCGCCUCCAGAGUCCACGUCAUCUGCAUUCUCGGACACGCCGUCCUUAGAACCUAUCCAAACCAUCAUAAUCGUGCAGAUGAACUCUCCUAUCCAUGAGAUCCGACUCCAAUGUGAGGAAUUUCUUGACUUCAUCCGUCGCUGUGAGCAACUUGCUCUCUACCAAAGGGAUAACCCAGAAACUUGUGAUCUGUCGCGGCAUACGUCAGUCCAACCAACCUCUAUCUUAUACCAAAUUCUUGCAGCGCCCCCAGGUGCUCGUUUUACUGCAUCAGGAGAACGGAAACAAAUGGUUGCCCGCUUAACAGCUCUCAUGAUGCUCAACGCUGCUCUAUGGGAUUACCGGUACACACCUACCCACGCUGGAUUCUUCCUCAAAAUACUGGAACAAGCCAUGGUUGACAGCGAAGUUAGCAUGAGCGGUUCUAUCGAGGCAAUCCUCCAAAUCCUCCUCAAAUGUAACGAUGGCCCAGGAACUGAUGGAACUGUCUCCCCUGCUUUCUCAGAGCAAUCUCCCGACUUCAGUCAAUAUUCUCCUACGGCGAACUCACCAUCAUCCCGUCCCUGGUUUAUUGGUCGUAUGUUGAAGAUUGCGAAGCGAUUGAACGCUGACUCGUGGCACCGUAUCAAUGACUUUCUGUUCUCAUCUCUCACCUCGCAAGUAUAUGAGAAAUCCGUGUACCUAUGGGAGGCUGAUCUGCGUCGACAGAUUCUUGAUGCUCCAUUGACGAGCUAUAUCAUGCCUUCACUAUACCAGUGA